CCCACAAAAUGACAAAAAAAAGACAUUAAGUGACCAAUAAGAUGAAAACACAUGAACACUUUAACACAGUGGAGACAGAGCUGACUUCCAAAAUGAUUUGGCGACCCCCAGAAAUCAUCUCGCGACCCCAAUUGGGGUCCCGACCCCAAGGUUGAGAAUAGCUGGCUUAGUGGAUUGAGUGUUUUAAUAUGUAUUUAUAUCACACCUAGACUGGUUUUUAUCAUGAUCAAAAGACGUGGGCAUCUCACUUUCUAAAAUAUGAGACCUUUUUAAAUGGUUGAGAACAGCUGAUGUAGAAGACAAUGCUAAGCUACUGACUGAAAUAACCAACACAGUAGUUUCAUAUAGGCAAUCUUGCAUGCUAGCUGACUGUGACCGUGGCCUUGGCCCAGCUGAAUGUCCUGAGCUAAUUUGGUACCGCUGCUCUUAGCACGGCUGCUAGCAUGCUAGCCAGAUAAGAAGUUCUAUUAAUAGUUGCUAAGGCAUUAUCUCCACCAGAGCAGAUGUGUCUACAAGCAGGCAGACACUGUUACAGCUAGCUAAUGCUGCCUGUCACUGGGUCCAGUUUUUACCUCUGCAGUUGGCAUGUGUGCAACUACACAAGUGGUCUGCCUGCUGGCAAGCUGGAUAUAAAAGGAAGCUUAUGCAUGAUGGAGAUAAAAGCAUUACAUUUGGUAUUCAUGGUUAUUUGGAGAAUGCAAAACCCUUCUGGGUGUGGCCAAAGCCGUAAACAGGAAAUCACAUAGUAGUAGUCAUUAUCCAUUCAUCAAAACAAGUUAAAAACCAGGGCUGGAGUGCUGCAUUAACCACAAAGAUCCUGGUAAUGUUCCCUGGCUGCAGCAGUAUCUGUCUCUUUUGUUGGAUUAGCUGCUAGGUUAGGCAAAUUGAGCAGUCAUUACGAAAUCUCUGGCAGCGUUUUACUGGUGGGUGUUAAUUUCCCCAGCUGUUGUACUGUCUGUGUACAUAUUGCUGCGCUGUCUCACCACCUGAUUCUCUUUUGUCUUUACCUCCCACACAUACUAUCCUCUUUUCUCUCCACACUUUCUCCUCUCUGUUCUGGGUCUCCCUGAGCUGCAUCUGUCUGUGGGUAGGGCUAUAAAAAGGUUGAACUAUGCUAGGUAGCAAAGUAGGUGGGGACACAGGCAUGCACAGUCAUCCCACCCAAACCCUGUACUGUACUGCCCAGAAGAGACCUGACGGGUGAAACAUCCCCUUUAUCCUCCUGUCCUUUUUUUAUUUUUUUAUCUCCACACCCACACUGCUGUGUCCACUUUGCUUACUUGCACAUUUUUCAUUCCCUUCUCUCCUCCUCCAUUGUCCUCUUAACCCAUCCUCACUUUUUCAUGUUCUUGUUAGCUCUUUCUGUCCACCCCUUAAUGUACUUUUCUGCACGAUUUUAAACUUUGCUGUCUCAUUGCUCCUCUCCCCUCUCUUGUUUAUCACCUCCUCCUCCUCCUCCCGCCCUGCUUCAUCUCCAAAAGCUCUCCUCCUGCCCCCUUCCUCAACACAUACCUACUCUCCCUCCCAUCAUUUUCACUCUUUUCUUCCCAGCCUCUUUUUUCUCUGCUCCACAGGCCAUCCCAUACUUAACCACAAACCUGUUACCAAGGCAACUGCACAGCAUGAUAGGAAACAGCAGUUUCACAAACACCACAUCUGAGUUCACUUUAGUGUCUGGUGGUUCUUUUUUUACAUAUGUGAAAUCUGUGCAGCUCUGACUUGUUGCUGGGACAAUAAUAGACAUGAUGCACAUGGUGGGCUCAGACUAUGGAGAGCUUGACAGGCAGGACACUGGCAUAUUCUCUCCUGUUAGAUAGAACAAAAUGUAUAUUAGCCCUGAAGAGUCCAAAUGCUCCAAAUAUAAUCAAAAUACCAGCAGCUACGAGUCAGUCAGAUUAGUUUGAAUCACUGUGGCUUCUGUAGGCUACAUCAUAUCUGUAACCACAAAGAUGGGGAAGUGUGGUAGGAUGACUUGUCUUCAGAGUUUGAGACAAGUGGGUGACCACACUGACUCAUUCUAUAAGGCAGAAAAGCUGCUUGAUAUUGUAUGAUGGUUGAGUUUACAGUUAUCCACAUACUGAACCCAUGAAGAAUCUAAUCAUACAAUCUGCAUUUGAUCACAGAGAUCAAACAAUAACACACCUUUCAGACUAAACAUACAGAGUUUGGGCUGUCCUUCAGUUGCUUUUCAGAGCUACAAAGCAUGUUAGGCGCGUCUGUGACAAGAUUAGAGUAGCACGUACUGCAUGUCAUGUAAAGGAAAUAGAAGCAGCACUUUCACUCUGUGUAUUAAACUGAUAGAGAGGUGCUGUAUUUAGCUGAUGUGGAGUUCUCGGAACGCAUCUCUACUGGUGGCAGACAGAAAGCAACUUACAGGGCUAUUAAAAGACGUAAAAUGUCUGAGGUGAGCCAGCUAACAUGGGCCAAACAUUUUUUUUCCGUCAGAUUUUUGUCAUUUUAUUUCACAGUUUUACUGGGCUGCCUCUUACAAAUUAGAGAGCUGCUGUAGCCUGAUUCAGUGUGCAGCUGUUUACACAGGAAUACAAAUACUGUCAUACUAUAUACCCCGAUAAAAUGACAGUGAAGUAUGAAAAAAUAGACGCUGUCCAAGAGUAGUGAAUAGUGGUAUAAAAAUAACUUGUGAAAGCAUACAAGGAGGAGGGAAGUUACCAUUCCCCCAGCACAGGAAUUAACCCAUUGAAGCCUGGAAAGCGGAUACGUCGUUUUGUAGUAUUUGUAUAAGCUCUCAAAUACUUUUUGAAUUUCAUUCUAUCUGCUACACAGGCUGAAAAAUCUAUAAUUUAGUAGGAAGAGUUGACACUUCUGUUGAAUUUCCAGAAAAACUUCAGGUUUUAGGGGCUUAUUUUAAAAUCGCCCAGAGGUUUUACAAGCAGUUUUAGGCGUCAAUGGGUUAAACCGAUCUCUCAUUCUCAGUAAGUUUGUUGUCUGAUAGUUUUUAAAAGUGCUUUGGUUGAGGGACAAAACCCCCCACCACCAGAAAUGGUUACAACUAGAUAGAGCUAGUGAGCAUUUAAAAAAAAAGUUAACAUUUAUUCACCAAGAAAAAAGAAUAGGCAGAUUAAAUCUCAUUUCAUUUUUCAAAUGUUUCUACCAUUUUUCUUAUUUCCCACGUGUCUUUUUAGCAGAUUGCCCCUCAGCUUGAUGUAGAGAUGUCAGAGGAAUACAGCCAGAUGCUUGGAGGUCAUAACUCCUUUAUGUGCAGUAUACAAGAAAAAAAUGAGUCGCCAGACUGCCACAGCGCUGCCCACAGGAACCUCCAAGUGCCCCCCCUCCCAGCGCGUGCCCACCCUGUCAGGCACCACGGCCUCCAACAGCGACCUGGCCAGCCUGUUCGAGUGCCCGGUCUGCUUCGACUAUGUCUUACCCCCCAUCCUGCAGUGCCAGUCUGGACACCUGGUAUGCUCCAACUGUCGGCCCAAGCUCACCUGCUGCCCCACCUGCCGAGGCCCCCUGGGCUCCAUCAGGAACCUGGCCAUGGAGAAGGUGGCUAACUCGGUCCUCUUCCCCUGCAAGUACGCCUCAUCGGGCUGUGAAGUCACUCUGCCUCACACGGACAAGACGGAGCACGAAGAGCUGUGUGAGUUCCGGCCGUACUCCUGCCCCUGCCCCGGCGCCUCCUGCAAGUGGCAGGGCUCCCUGGACGCUGUCAUGCCUCACCUGAUGCACCAGCACAAGUCCAUCACUACACUGCAGGGGGAGGACAUCGUGUUCCUGGCCACGGACAUCAACCUCCCCGGCGCCGUCGACUGGGUGAUGAUGCAGUCGUGCUUCGGCUUCCACUUCAUGCUGGUGCUGGAGAAGCAGGAGAAGUACGACGGCCACCAGCAGUUCUUCGCCAUCGUGCAGCUCAUCGGGACGCGCAAGCAGGCGGAGAACUUUGCCUACCGGCUGGAGCUCAACGGGCACCGGCGCCGCCUGACUUGGGAGGCCACGCCGCGCUCCAUCCACGAGGGCAUCGCCACCGCCAUCAUGAACAGCGACUGCCUGGUGUUCGACACGUCCAUCGCACAGCUGUUCGCCGAGAACGGCAACCUGGGCAUCAACGUCACCAUCUCCAUGUGCUAAGAAACUUUGAAGAGAAGAGGGUCAAAAAGUUACAGAUUGUCAGGGGGGGCGUUUGUUUCGGGGUCAGACCUGUUUUGACCUCACAGAGCCCCUCCCCCCUUCUCUGCCUCACCCCUUGAGACGUGGAACUGGACUGUCUGAUCGGGCAGCCGUGGAGGCCCAAGGGGUGGGGAUGGAUGGAUGGAUGGAUGGAUGAAUGGAUGGAUGGAUGAAUGGAGGAAUGAAGGAAUGAGUAAACACAAGGACACAACUGUGUAGUGAUGGAUAGACUUCUAAACACACAUAAACAUGUAUAUGUGAGACUCGUGCACGCACAUGCGGUCUCAUCAAACACGGACACAAACUGAAAAGCUGUUCAGUCAAACUCGCUUGUCAAACUCUCCAAGUGAUCUCCCACCACUCUUCUUUUAGUGUCUCUCUUUCUCCUCUUCCCUCCGUCAUCCUCAGACAUUUCAGACACACUACAGCUCUCCGACCUUCGCUCAGCGACGUCGGGGGGGAGGGGCCGCGCCCCGACAGCUACACGCUGAGGAAGGCUCAAGCUAUAUUUCAACACGGACUCCCGGUCAGUACUCGCCAGAUAUCUUGCUUCUUCCCCCUCCAUCCCCCCCCCACUGUUUCUAAUCCACCUCCUGGAUCGAACGGUUCACAACCGUGGCUGUAGCUGGGCUUCACCACAAGGGGGGCGUCCUUAUGUAUUAGCUAGCUCAGACUGGAACCCAGAGCCUGGGAAGUCCUGCAGAUUCUGGUAUUUAUCUUCACCUGGGACUGGAACCGUCACCCACAGACACGGACGGCUGUAGCACCCACAACCAUAGACGCCCAGUCAUGUGCAUGAGUCAGUGGGACUACUGGUUUCCUCCCAGUCCACCUCUGGUCCACCCGAGGCUAAAGAUUGUGCAUCGGACGCUCUUUAAAUAGUUGACUGUCGUUGUUGAUAGUUGUUAGAACAGACUCUGCUCUCAUACUGUAUGGAUUUAGGAAAGGCCUUCAGCUACAUCAGCCCUGGAUUAUUAUUUUUUUUAUUUGUAAUUUUAUUAUUAUUAUUAUUAUUAUUAUUUUAUUUUGGAGUGGACACAACAGUGGCGUUCUCAUACACACACACACACACACACACGCAAAACACACACCUGUUCUUUGCAUUACAGGCAGUGUGUGCAGUGUUUUGGUGUAUGAGUUGAGCAUUCUUGACUAGAGGGGUCUUUUUUUUUUUUUUUUUUUUUUUCAGAACGAGGAAAAAAAACACUGCAUUUCAGUUGAGUCACAGUUUUCUUUCGGGUUUUUAUUUUUUAAGUCUUUUUAAUUAUUUAGUUGUCUUUUUUUGUAUGAGAGGAGAGAAGAACUGAUAUGUGUGUGUGUGUGUGUGUGUGUGUGUGUGUGUGAGAGAUGGACACCUGGCAAAAAGCCUGCUCACUUUCUCCCUUCUCCUCUCUCUCUCCUCCACUCUUCUUCUUACAUUUCUUCUUCUCUUCCUCCUCCAUCUCACUCUGUCUGCCAGUGUCGGCCUCAACCACUGAUUGACUGAUCACCCAACCAGGAAUGAGGGACAGUUUCUACCGUUACAAUGUUGCUAUUGUUAUUAUUAAAUGGAGAUUAUCAUAAUUAUCAUUUUUUUGUAAUGACUUUUAAAAACAAAAAUUAAAAAGGCAGUUGUAAAACUUGUGGCUAAACUUCAGUGUUUGUAGUUAAAAAGCAAGUUGUGUCGUUCUUCUGAAGGUUUGUGUCCCCCGACCCCCCCAGUUGGAUUGUUUUUCCUCAUCUAUUUGUCUCUCUGUCCUCUUGUUUGUGUGGUAAGUCUUUUCUUUUUUUGUCUGUGAGGAGGGAGGGAGGUCAAGCCAAUCAUCUCUCCCUUUCUCUUCAUGUGGAGUCUCAGUAAUGUUGCUGCUCUCCCCUCAACUCCUUGACUUUUUUUCUGUUUUAAUUUGUCAUUAAAUAAAUCUAUCUUUUUCAUA